AUGGUAUACACAUCACUAAAUCUCAUCGACUCACGCAUAUCAAUUAACGCUUCCGAUCCAGGUCAUAACCCGGGUAUCUACCUUGACCGAGAACUAGCCGAGCUCCAACUCGACCUCUACUACCGCGCCGAAGGCCAUCUGUAUGACCGAGGCGAGACGUACUUUGACGAUUUCGAGAGCGUGGGGUAUCUUGGCGCGAAGAAUCCUGCGGACGAUGAGAAAUGCUGGGUUGUGUUUGAAGGGCGCGCGCCGGGUGUUUAUUUCAGGUUGGCGGAUUAUGAGUAUCAAGUAAACGGGUAUAUCGGCAAUCUCUACACUGACGAAGUAGACGAACGAAGCAAACUCGAAGAUCUUUACAAUGAUCAUGUCAAAUCUGAAGAAUCACGCAGGAAAAACUUCAUUGUCGUCUACGCGGACGGCUGCUGUCUGCGCAAUGGUAGACCAGGCGCAAGAGCCGGGGUCGGUGUAUACUACGGUCCGAACGAUUCGAGAAAUUCAGGAAAGCCACUUGACGGUGCUGUUCAGACCAAUCAGAGAGCAGAGUUAGCUGCCGUUCGUCAAGCGUUGGUCGAUAACCCUUCUCAGCCGAUGACGAUCUGCACGGAUUCGCAGUACGCAAUCAACUGCGUCACCGUCUGGGGUGCAAAAAGUGGGAGGCGAACGGGUACAUUAACGCAAGGGGGAAACCGGUCGAAAACAAGGACCUGGUGCGCAGUAUUCUAG